UGAAAGGAAUUUGUGACGCUAUAAAAACAAAAAAAUAAUUCAUUGAUUUCUAUAAAAUCUUUCUAUUUUUGUGUCGUAGUGAUACUGAAAACUUUGUUUUUUAAUUCUGUUGUAAAAUAUUGUCAUCACAACUUCUUUGCACUGAGCAGACUCAAUGAUGUUGGGGUCGGGGGACAGUAGCCACAUAGUAAAGCUACGCGGCUUGCCUUUCUCCACAAGUGUUGAAGAUGUUCUAGAUUUUCUCGACGGCGUCAAUGUCAUCAAUGGCAAAGAAGGAGUGCAUAUGACUGAGGUCCGCCCAGGAAGACCUUCAGGAGAAUGCUUUGUGGAGGUGGAAAGUCAAGACGAUGUGGAUGCGGCCCUGAAAAAGGAUAAGGAAAACAUGGGGAAGAGAUAUAUUGAAGUUUUCUCCACCGACCGCCAAGAUAUGGAGUGGGCACUAAAUGCCAUGCGACAAAACGAGAACGGCUUCGACGGCAUACCCAAUAUCUCUGAUGAUAUGGGGGUGGUGAAACUCCGAGGACUGCCAUUCGGCUGCUCCAAGGAUGAAAUCAUACAAUUCUUUGAUGGACUGACAGUCGCCGUAGAUGGGGUACACUUGCUAUCCGACCACACGGGGCGGGCUUCGGGAGAGGCCUUCGUGCACUUCGUUGACAAGGAGAGUGCUCAGGAGGCUCUCAUCAGGGACAGGGAGAAAAUAGGACACAGAUAUAUAGAAGUGUUCCGGAGCUCAGCGGAAGAGGUGCGCGCUUACGGCGCUAGGAUGGAGAGCGGUUUCCGUGGCAACCGAGGGUACAGACCGACGCCGUACGACAGAAACGACAGGUUCUCUGGACGAUUUGGCGCCAGAGGAUCUUUUGGAUCUUUUGGUAGAGGUGGUGGUGGUGGUGGUAACUUCGGUGGUCGCGGCGGGUUCCGCAACCGGGGCGGUGGUGGCGGCGGCUGUUUCAGCGUGCACAUGCGCGGAUUGCCAUUCAAAGCCACGCCACAGGAUAUAGCUUACUUUUUCAAACCUAUAUGGCCGACCAAUAUCAACAUAUUGUACGACAACAGCGGCCGGCCCUCGGGGGAGGCUGACGUCGAGUUCGAGUGCCACGAGGACGCGAUGAGGGCGAUGCGCCGCGACAAGAACAACAUGGACCAUCGUUACAUCGAGCUGUUCCUCAACUCGUCCCCCGGGGGCGGAGCAACGAGCGGCGGGGGCUCCUUCAAGCAGAACAGGAACUUCCGGGAUUACUGAUCUUCAAAACAUACACCUUAAAUAUAAGACCUUAAAUUGGAAAAUAUGUACACGUGACCUUGACAGCAUUUGGAUCUCAGAAAUAAAAUGCCGUAGACCUUAGUUCAAUAAGGACUUGGGCCUUAUAUAUGCAAAAUGGAUGAAUUUUAUAUAUUUUUUAUUGAAAAGCUUGGGCUAUUGUCAGGUGCUAAGACCUGUAGCACUGCGACCUACAUAGAUCUAUUAUGCUCGCCCUUUUACAAAGUUCGCAACCUAGAUCCGUCAAGGACAAGAAUUGAUGGAUAUUCUUAGGAGCUAUGGUUUUUA